ACUGCGCAUGCGCUGCCAAUAGCGCCGCGCUGCUCUGGAGGGAGGAAUUUCAGUGACAGUGAACGAGAAAUAUAAUCAAUGCAUUACGUGAACGAGAACGAUACGUUCACCUAAAAUAUUCGUUCAAAAAGAACGAUUCGUUCACAAACGAAACAUCACUAGCGUGACCAGGAAGCGGCACGUCAUCACGCAUCAUCUGCACCAUGGCGACGGGGACGCUGAGACCAUUUAUGUGCAGUUUCUCCAUCAUAUUCCUGUUCAAACGAAACGUUUUUUUCUGCCAGCAGUUCUCUGUAUCUUUUCAGCAGCCUUCGGAUUGUGGUGUGGACAGUUAUUUUGAUAUUUCGAGCUUGUCUUGUGUGAAAUGUGGGCCGAAUCAAGUCAGCAGCAAAUCGGGACUGGCAUGUGAGUGUCAGACUGGUUUCAGGGUGCUGGUCAGCAAUGGGGCGUCCAUCACGUGCCAGCAGUGUCCUGAUGCUAAUCAGGGGGUCACCCAGGAUGGCUAUGGCUGUAUCCGUUGUUCUGGAAGUGCAGGGGAGAAUGGCAAGUGUCAGUGUCCUAAGGGAAGUGUGCUGGUGGAGAGAGAUGGGAAUGGGAAUCCAUUAAAUGAAUCACGAUGUGAAGCAUGUAAUGCAACAGAGCCCGCUUUUUCUGCCCCAGAUAGAACAGGCAACAGGUGUGUAAGAUGCGAGGACUCCUUCAUCAACUCAUCUCAGUCUUGUGUUUGCGGUACUUCAAACGUACAGGCAGGUGGGAUGUGCUUCCCUUCAAACGGUCUACCUACCUCAGUUGUCCCAAAUGUCAUCUUUAGCCAACUGGCCAACUCUGUCCUAUCGGCAUGGUUUUCAAACUUCAUGUAUUCUUCAGCAGCUGCCUGUUUGUUGUUCUCCAACCAGACAGCAUGUCAGUCUCUGGGCAACAUGUGUGUGAUGAACAUGCACUCCUUUAGCACCAUCAACAAUGAUGCCUGUGGCCUCUACAACACAGUCUACAGAGCAACAGCUGCUCAGGGCAGCAGCCAGGACGUCUCCUACUGGAGGGCAAACCUGCCUUGGCUCUACUAUGGAGACCAGCUUGGGUUGGCAUCACGGAUUAUACAGAAUGAGCCGCUUCCUGUUGGAUUCAGCUUUAAAGGGGCACAAAAGAACACUGACAUCGAGCUGCAGGCUGCUGUUUACUCAGUGCGUGGGGAGUUUCUGAGAUGGGAGAGCGUCGGUGGAGGAAACCUCCAGCUCUGUCCAGACACCCUUACCAGACAACAGUCUGCUUUCACGUUUGGGACAGCCUACAAGCAGAGUUGUGUUCUCUCUGUGUCAGAGCUUUUGAAUGGGUAUCCAGAGCCUGUGUUCUAUGACGUGUUCCUGGUCAUUCAGAAGCCACAGGAGGACAAGCAUCUUCUUGCAGUGCCUCUCCUAAAUAUCAACCAGCAGUUUAACGGGCAGUUCACUAAUGAGGGAUCUAACAUGAAUAACUGGUUACUGACCCGAAGGCUGAUGCUUGUGGACACGUUGAGUGGAAGGCAAAACUCUUUGAGUGCUUCACCUGGGGUCAUACGUGUGGCCUCUAACAUUAAGAUCGGGUUUCAGCUGGUGCCGAAUACACAGAAGGGACAGGUGUACCCCCCUCUGAUGACUGUGACUUACUCAGAUAUACCCGUCACUGACCCCACCACACAGACUGUUACAGUGUCAUUCUCUCUUGAGUAUACGAUGGACCAGGAAGAAGCUCGGGUCAAAACUGAUAUUGCUCUUGGUGUGCUGGGUGGGGUGGCUGUUGUCCACUCUUUAUUGAAGACAGCAAGCUGGAAAAGAAGAAUCGCAUCUCCUCUCAUUGACCUGCAGACUAUUAUGACGUUUCUGGUGUUCUAUGCUGGUGACCUGGCAAAUGUUUUCUUCAUCAUCACAGUUGGAACAGGCCUCUACUGGCUCAUAUUCUUUAAGACAGUGGAGGCCCAGCUAUUUGUGUCUGUUUUGCUGCCAUUACCAGCUCAGGAAGAGCGCUUUGUUGUUUAUGUUGGCUGUGCCUUUGCUUUGAAGACUGUACAAUUUCUUCAUAAGCUCUUUGUUCAGCUGUCUGUGGAUAUUUUCUUCAUAGACUGGGAAAGACCUCGUGGUAAAGCCAGUAAACAUGUGGAGGGUUCUGGCGAAGCAAAAAGUCAAGCAUCUUCUGUCAGUAUCUGGAGAACAUAUUUUGUGGCCAAUGAGUGGAAUGAGAUUCAGACCAUUCGCAAGAUCAACCCCACAUUUCAGGUCAUUGCUGUGCUUUUCUUUCUGGAGGUGGUGGGCUUCUCAAAUUUGGCUUUAAGAGACCCCUCAUCCAACCUGCGUCGGUCUCCUGAGGCAUACACACCACCAUACAGCCUCAUACUCCGCUACGGUGUGGCUUCUGCAAUGUGGCUCUGCAUUGGCUUAAUACAGAUGAUAUUCUUCACAGUAUUCCAUGAACGCUUUGUUGAAGACAAGAUUCGCCAGUUUGUGGAUCUGUGCUCAAUCAGCAAUAUCUCAGUGCUGCUGCUGUCUCAUCGAUGUUUUGGCUACUACAUUCAUGGACGUUCUGUUCAUGGUCAUGCUGACACUAACAUGGAUGAAAUGAAUACAAACCUGAAGAGGGAGGCGGAGAAUCUGUGUGGCCAAAGGGGACUUUUGCCAAACUCAGACACUCAGACAUUUCAGAUUUCAAUAACCAACCGCCUGCGAGCAAAAUAUGACCGGAUAAUUGAGCCAAUCAACAGGAGAAGUGGGCCCUCAAGGUUGGUGGAUGCUUCAGCCAAUCCAUGUGAGCAGAGCACAAAAGCUUACCAUACUAUGAACCGAUUCCUGGGCUCUGUCAUUGAUCAUGCUCAUCGUGAGAUGGAUUACAUAGUGAAAGAUAAGCUGCUAUUUGAGAGACUUAUCGGUAUGGAGUUUAUAGAGCCACUGGAUAAAAGCAUCUUCUAUAAUGAUGAUUCUCACUCAUUUGCUGAUGUCCUCUUUUAUGGUAAUGAGGCUGUUCUGUUGAUCUUUGACACCCUCUUUUUCUGUGUGGUGGAUCUGAGCAGUCAGAACUUCAUUCUCGCAGCUGUGUUAACAUACCUCCAGCAGCUGGUCUUCAGAUUAAUCCGAAAUGGAAUGGGCCGCAGGAACCUAGCAAGCAAAACUCUGGUUGACAAACGAUUUCUCAUCUAGUUUCUCUGCUUAAUCUAUCUGCUUUCUGUUGUCUUAAUGGUGUUUCUUCUGAUUUAUGGCAUGGCAGCCUUCAGAUUUUUGUAUUGUUUUUGUAUAAAAUUAUUAUUUGUGCAGUAUUUUUGUACUUUCUAUGCCAAGACAGUUCAGGAUUUGAUGUAUAAAUGUUUUGAUAUUGAAAUAUUUUUGAACCAUUAAAUCUGUUCUUGGUUUUUAUGAUG